CUGAUGACCCCACCCAUCAUGUGUUCACUGUUACCAUGAGAAAGCUUCAGAUGAUGGACUCUGGAUAUUACUGGUGUGCUGUAGAGAUCCAGCGCGCUCGAGAUAAGGGAGCAUAUCUACACCUGUCAGUCACUGCAGACACUCCUGGACUCUGGGUUGAGCAGCAGGAGGUGGCCGGUGUGGAAGGGGGCCAUGUCAGUGUGCCGUGUCACUAUAAUGAACCGAGCAGCAUGAAGAAGUGGUGCAGGAUAGAGGGUUCCUGUGUGGAAGUGAAUUCUGGUGAAUCUGGUAAAUCUGGAAGAUCAGAGAUGAAAGAUGACCGCUCUAAAAAGGUCUUCACUGUGAUGGUGAGGGAGCUGAACAUGGAGGACACAGGCUGGUAUUGGUGUGCUGCUGGAGAACUACAGAUCCCUAUUCACCUCACUGUCACUCAGAAAACUACAAUGACCACAGUCACCACAUAUGCUGACUGUGUGUACACAGUGAGUAAAGUAGUUGUACAGAGAGGAAGAUCUGUCACCAUGCCAUGUCUCUAUGAUAGAGAAUAUGACUAUCACGUGAAAUACUGGUGUCAUUGGUCAAACUUUAAUGUUUGUAAAACUGUAGUAGGCACUGACUCUCCUAAACGUACUGGUAAAACAUCAAUCACUGAUGACCCCACCCAUCAUGUCUUCACUGUUACCAUGAGAAAGCUUCAGAUCAAGGACUCUGGAUCUUACUGGUGUGCUGUAGAGAUCCAGGCCGCUGGAGAUAAGGGAGCAUAUCUGCACCUGUCAGUCACUGCAGGGCCUCCUGGACUCUGGGUUGAGCAGCAGGAGGUGGCCGGUGUGGAAGGGGGCCAUGUCAGUGUGCCGUAUCACUAUAAUGAACCGAGCAGCAUGAAGAAGUGGUGCAGGAUAGAGGGCUCCUGUGUGGAAGUGAAUUCUGGUGAAUCUGGAAGAUCAGAGAUGAAAGAUGACCGCUCUAAAAAGGUCUUCACUGUGACGGUGAGGGAGCUGAACAUGGAGGACACAGGCUGGUAUUGGUGUGCUGCUGGAGAACUACAGAUCCCUGUUCACAUCACUGUCACUCAGAAAACUACAACGACCACAGUCACCACACGUAUGGAACUCAAAACGAGCCUAUGGAGAAGGCUGCAGUACUGA